CUUUGCCAUGCAUGGUUGCCUCUGUAGAUCCAAGUGAGUUCACCGGGGUUCGUCCGAAGAGAAGUACCAAACCAGUGGAACCCGCCUCAGCGACAGUGGACAUGCCCCUCCAUGGCAGUGAAGUGAACUACCGAGUUGACAGGCCGGACAGUGACUGCUCCGGGCCCCAGUGUGUCCAAACUAGGGUAUUUAAACGCGUCACUGGCGGCUUGGCGGGGGAUACUGAAUGGUGGAAUCAGGCAGCAAAACCCACCGGGAUGCAUGGAGCCAUCGGGGCACACACCAGGCGCCAGGCGACAGGCCGACAGAUUCUGUCCGUGCAAAGAAAAUAGCUCAUGUGGAGUGUCCGCCCAAAACGUAGGGAGUAUCCGAGUCCAGCAGUUGAUCGUCUCGGCGAUAAGAUUGAUAAACUUAGGGCGAAGUCGGACCCGUUCAACGUGCCUUUCCGCCGAUGACAUGCCACUUGCUGGGCUAUUUUCGCCCGCUUAGUUGUGUUUUGUUCGGGGCUCUGGCGGGUUUUUGUUUUGUUGGUUUGAUCCUGGCAAUUGCAGCUCUGCUAAUGACGACCGCGGCGUUUGUUCUAAUAGACUAUUCUUUCCGAGAGGUCGCGUGCGAAUAUCAUGCAUGAGGCUACCCUCCCUGUGCGCGCCAGAGCGCCGUCUGUGUCUACUGAUGUACCUUGGUUUCUGAAAUUGGAUCAUGAGAAUGAGGUGGUUUACGAAGUAACAGAUCGCCCGCUGUUGAAGAGCGGUACAUUGACAGGCCUCGUGGAACAAUUGACUCGCCAUGACCGACUGGACCUUGUCUUCAACGAGACCUUCCUGAUCACCUAUCCGACCUUUGUAUCCGCUUCAGACCUCUUCGAUGCUCUCCUCCAACGAUUCCACGUCAAGCCACCGGGUCAAUUGACCGAAUCCGAACUACAGUUGUGGACCCAGCACAAACAAAAGGCAAUCCGGCUCCGGGUAGUCAAUAUCUUGAAGACAUGGCUGGAACGGUUCUGGAUGGAGCCACGCGAGGAAUCAACGACGGAUUUGCUCCGGAAGAUGCACGCCCAGAUCAAGAGCUCGGCGGACGUGAUGGAGACACCCACCGCCUCUCAAUUAUUGAGUGCCAUCGAUCAGCGGAUCCAGGGCCAGGAGAUCACGAAACGCCUUGCUACGCCGCCGAACUCCAACAUCCCCAAACCGAUCACACCCAAGAAUAUGAAAAAGCUGAAGAUACUUGACCUCGAUGCCACCGAGCUCGCCCGCCAGCUAACAAUCAUUGAAUUCAACCACCACGCCCGCAUCAGGCCGAAUGAAUGCCUCAGCCAGAAAUGGAAGAAGAGGAGGUCCAAUAGCACCGAGCCGUCGACGGGGGUCAAUGCCAUGAUUCUGCACUCGAAUCGACUGGCUAAUUACGUGGGUGAGCUUGUGUUGGCACAGGAUGAGCUGAAAAAGAGGGUGUCCAUGAUCAAGUUGUUUGUGCAGGCUGCUGAUGUUUGUCGUUCGAUUAAUAAUUAUGCUACGUUGAUGUCGAUUGUGUCCGGUCUGGGGCAGUCCCCGGUCUUUCGACUCCGGCAAACUUGGGGUCUUGUCAACCCGCGCAUUCGCAGCCUACUUGAGGAACUGCGGGAUUUGAUGUCGAGUGAGAAGAACUGGGUCAGGUAUCGCGAAGCUUUGCGGCAGGCUAGUCCGCCCUGUGUUCCUUUCUUGGGAAUCUACCUCACAGACUUAACAUUCAUCGACGACGGCAUCCCUGACCUCACCCAAUCCGGCACGAUCAACUUCGCCAAGCGCAUCAAAGUAGCCGAAGUCCUGCAAAACAUCCAACAAUACCAAAACAUGCCCUACAAUCUGCAGCCCGUCCCGGAGAUCCAGGACUUCCUGAUCAGAAAUCUGAGGGCCACAAAGGAUGUCAGCGACAUGUAUGACCGGAGUCUUCAGUUAGAGCCGCGCAUGGCGAACGAGGAGAUUGUCGUGCGACGAGGCGCCCACACAGCGACAGGUAGCAAUAUGAGCUCGGUGAUUAUUGCGAGUAUGGCUAUGCGGUGAGACUGGUUUGUCUAUAUUCUGCGUGCUUCUUGGGCGGCUCUUCUUCAGGUUUGGUCUUUUGUGAUACCUUGUUCCUGUUCGGUUUUCGUUCUUUUCCUAUUUCUUGACGAUGAUGAAGUUACGAUUCUCGUGAUAUCACGGCUUUAUGGUAAUGUAUAUACAAAAGCACAUUCACUCUUUUGGUCCACGACAUGGGAUAAAAGCAUAGACGGAUACAUAUCUCACUCACUCACAUAAACCUCAACUCCAACUCCAAACCUCACUCAUUGCCCACAAGAACGCCCCUCUCCCUCUUAAACCGCUCAACAACAGGCACAUAACUCCCAACUUCCACCUCCUCCAAGAUCCCCGGGCCAGCCGGACACCAGCCCAACCUCUCCCUAGCUUUCCUCCCACUCGCCCGAUUCCGAACCAGCACAAACUCCACCAGAAACCUCCCCCACCUCGCCUCGACCUCCUCCCUCGUCCGCGACACAACAUCAACCCCCACAACCCUGCCAAUCGCCCCCGCCAACGCGGAAUAGGUUACAUCCGUACAGGACACCCCAUUAAACACCUCCCCAGGCCCAGCAAACCGUGCAACGAGAAAAUAAAGCCGUGCGGCAUCCUCCACAUGCACACAGGAGAAACACCACCCCCCGUCGUCGAUCAUAGCGGCCUCCCCGUCCCGCACCGCAAGACGGAUCAGGUCCGCCGCGAACCCGUGGUCUGUUUGCC